CAUUCCUAAAUUUGACACUUAAUGAUGCUAAUCUAUAAUUCCAUUCAUUAGGCUCUCCCAACCUCCGACAAAAACCUCCUCCUAGAAGAGAAAUGAAUCUGGGCUUCCAGUUACCCAAGCCACCAGAGCCACCUACUGUGGAAGCAGAGUACUACACCAUCGCAGAGUUCCAGUCCUGCAUCUCUGAUGGCAUCAGUUUCCGUGGAGGACAAAAAGCUGAUGUCAUAGAGAAGAACUCCGGGGGCUGGUGGUAUGUCCAGAUCGGGGAGACGGAGGGUUGGGCCCCCUGCUCCUACAUCGACAAACGCAAGAAGCCCAACCUCAGCCGACGAACCAGCACGCUCACCCGCCCCAAAGUCCCGCCCCCAGCUCCGCCCGUCAAGAAGCAAGACUCAGAGGAGACGCCCUCACCUUCACACAGUCACUCCAUCUCCUCCUCCUCCAAAGCCCCAGAAUCCUCCAGCCGGCCCGCAGUAUACGAGGAACCGGAAUACGAUGUUCCCGCUGUUGGGUGCGAGGGCGAGUCGGACACAGAUUCCCUGAAGGAAGAAACAAUACAUCGCCCCCUGGAGGUGAAAAUCAACAGCGUGGUCUGUGAGAAGUACCGUAGUUCUCCUCUGGUCUGCAAGACCUCCCCUGUUAUUAUCAGCCAUAGAAGAAGAUCCUUCAGGACCGUUGAAGAGAUGGCCAAGGAGGAAUGUAUCUAUGAGAACGAUGGCUUCAGGCGCAGUAGUGGUGAUGAAGGGGCUUCGGCCAAAGGCUGCGGCGGUUCCAACUCCCCAAGGAUCUACCACUCCUCGACUGUACCCCGCAAACCCUCAGGGUCUUCACCUCUAGCAGGGGGAAAGCCAUUGAAGAAGAUCACCCCGGAGCUGAGCCGGAGCCAGUCCCUAGCCAAAGCCGACACCUGCCCCUGGUCGUCCUCAGACGAAUCGGGUAGAGGUUCAAGGAAACCCCCAGGCACCAGGACGGUGGAGCAGAGGAUAGGCCAGAGCCCCUCCACCAAGCCCAAGCCCUCGGUGAGGCCUAAACCUCUCCUCACCACGAAGUCAGAGCCCCAGUGCCCCGAGAGGAUGGACAUCACUUCCCUGAGACGCCAGUUGAGGCCCACGGGUCAGCUCCGGCAUACCGUCCAUGGGCUCAAAGACUCUGAAACGGCUUCCGUCAUCUCGUCGGAGGACUCCCAUUCUUCCCGCAACAGCACCUCAGACCUCUCCUCCAUCUACUCCAAGGGGAGCCGGAGAGAUUCGGAUCUGGAGGGGUUCAACCUAUACCGGACCACAGAUGCCUACGACAAGGUCCAGGAGUCAGAGCUGAGCUUCCCAGCUGGGGUGGAGGUGGAAGUACUGGAGAGGCAGGAGAGCGGCUGGUGGUACAUCCGUUGGCGGGACGAGGAAGGCUGGGCGCCCACCUUCUACUUGGAGCCCAUCCGCCAAGGGAGGGACGGCGGUGGGUCCGAGUCCGACGGGCAGCGCUCUGGGUCGGGCAGCGGCACCGGGAGCAAGUCCAACAGCCUGGAAAAGAAUGAGCAGCGUGUGCUGGCGCUCAACGACAUCAACCUCCAGGGACUCACCAACCACCACCAGGUACACCACACGCCGGGGGGUCUGAGGUCGAGGAACACUCCCCCAAUCCCCUCCAAGCCUCCGGGGGGAUUCUCCAAGCCGGCUGUGCUGGUCAACGGAGCCGUGAGAAUGAGGAACGGUGGGGUGAGACCGCAGUCCGCCGUCAGACCCCAGUCCGUGUUUGUGUCUGCGCCACAGCCCGCCAUGGACAGUCAACACUACAUGACGAAUUCCCUGAGGCGGAACGAGUCAUUGGGCGCCCACAACCAGUACCGUACCGACCAGUACCGCUCCGGUUCCGCUACCCUCGGCGUGCGCCGUAACUCCUCCUUCAACGCAGUGCGUGCGCAGCCCGUCACAGUUGAGACCCGAUCGAGACCCUCAGAGCGCUCUAUCACCACCAGGGGUUCUUCGGCGGAACGAUUUGGCGCUGGCGGCGGGACGGACACCUUGAGCAGGGUUGGGGUUGUUGUGCAGCGUAACGGUAUCCCCGUCUCCACAGUCAGGCCCAAGCCUAUCGAGAAGAGCCAGCUGAUCCAUAACAACCUGGGGAGGGAGGUAUAUGUGUCUAUUGCUGACUACCGGGGGGAUGAUGAGACCAUGGGCUUCCCUGAGGGCACCUGCCUGGAGGUUCUAGACAGGAACCCCAAUGGGUGGUGGUACUGUCAGGUCCAAGAUGCCCUGCACCCCCGCAAGGGCUGGGUCCCCUCCAACUACCUAGAGAGGAAGAAGUAAUGGCCUAAUAAUAAUAACAAUGUCCCCCUUUGAUGAUGUCACUAAGAAUAUUGGUGAUGACACCACUCCAUAAGAAUGUUACCCCACAAGAGCUAUCACAAGCAAUAUGCUCCAAAUAUGUAAAUGUUUGAUUCUGAAAGACUUUAUGUACAAAAAUAUGUUGUUUUAAUCUUAUAAUGAGAAAGAGACACUUUUAUUUCUGGUUUACUAAAAUGUACACGUAAAAGACUAAAAGUCCAGAAUUUUGCGUGCGAUAUGGGAUGAAACGAGACACUGAAAACGGGGGUUGGCCACCCCCAGUGUUAGAAACACAAAGACGUUUUUGGAACUUUGGAACGAUGCGAUUUGACACGACACCUUCUAGAAGGGGUUUACAUUAGAAAGAGAAGAUAGCUGGGUAAUGAUGGCAAGCCUUAUACCUGCCCUUGUGACUAUAAUGCCAAAUAGGUGCCUUUUGUAGAUUAUCAACUGAAUGGGGGUUCGAAGAAGUGGACGGAACACAUCAGUGAAUCAACGUCAUUACCAAAUGUAUUACAGUGCCAUAGGCCUAUGAGCAUGAAUACCACCAAAAUUAUUUUUGUAACGUUCAAGAGAAUCACUUGAGUAGGAAUGUUUAGGAGCGUUACCGAGCGAAUAUGAUCAAUCUAGAGUGUUGUAGUAGAAUGUUCAGAAUCAAAUAAGAAAAAAACAAGAGAACAGGAGAGAUAUCAGUGACUCUCAGUGAGUCACAAUUGAGCAAAGUCAAAAUGACUAAUCCUUUGAUUAUAUUUUUUAGACAUUUCUGUAUGUUUUGUUCUUUAAUGUCUUUGUGUGUCUUUUUGUCUGUCCUUAGAGAUGUAUUUCUGCGUUCUUGUGUUAUACUCCACCGACAGUCCAGAAUUGGAAAGAGUCAAAGUUUAGUCUCUCGGAUGUUCCGAUCUCUGAAGUUUCACUGACGGAAUAUCUAUGUUGAGGGACACGUAAUUGGACGAACUUUGUAGUUUUACCCCACUUCUGGAGUCCCACUUCUUAUUCUAAAUUUUCAACCAAGCCUACAGAAUCUUGCACACAAAUAAAGCUGAAACCUGUCAAGCUUGAAAUCUAAUCAAAUUAUACUUAUUGGGAAAUAAAUUCCAAUUGAAGGUGCUUUUCAGUCCAAAAAAAAAAAGGCCUACCACCAAGAUAUUAGUUUAUACAAUAAGUUUUAGUAUUGUAUGUCUGUAGUAGUCCCAGACAAAUAUCUUUGUAUAUAUGCUUUACUGUAUAUACAGUAUAGCAACCGCAGUUGCAGUUGCACAGAAAAUAAGUACUGGAAAUAUGGCUUAAUAAUUGUUUUUCAAUCCCAGGGAUAUACUUCCAUAGCCUCGAGCCCACAAUGUGAUCAAACCAAAGAGGAAUAUCAUUUAAUUGGCUAUUUUGUAGCUUUACUAUUUAUUUAUGGGCACAAAUAGCAUAAUACAGUGUAUUCAAAAAAAAUGCCUAAAACUAAGUUUAAAAACUGAAGAUUUAAAAAAAAAAAAAUGUUGAUAACAAUAUCUGGACUCAGUUGAUUUUCUGAAUCCAAAUUAAAGAUAGUUUCAACAUGCGGAUAUUGCUGUGCAGUAUUGGUUUAUGUGGUAUGCAAUAGAGUUUAUGUUUACUUUCUUGCUUUCAAAGUAGUUUGGUAUCUACUGGAUUUAGAAUAGUACUGCAGGACUAUACAGUCAUGUCAACAUAACCAUUUUCUUGUUAUUACUACUUACUUAUAUGUUUUCCCAAACACAAUACUGAUAUUACUUCAAAACGAUCCCCAAUAGAAAAUCUAAAUUGAGUACUAUUUCAACUGGCUGGUGUUCAAGACUGCUGAAAUAUUUUUCUAUUGAACAGUGUGUGAGCUUCUCAACUGAGGUUAAACACUAACUUUUCAUUACAUUUUCUGCUGGACAGUAUUAUAGUAUUAAACAAAGUAUUGUACCUGCUAGAUUGCAGUUAUAUCUGUUUUAGCCAACCAUAGUUGUUUUUUGUUGUUACAGUGUGAUAACACAUAGACAAUAAUGAAGAUUGAAGUUUCGUUUUUUGUGAAUUAAUGCACUUUAACACUUGUUUACAGUGCAUUAAUGUAAAGAUGCAGUUGAAAUACUCAGCAUAUUAUUUAUUGAUUUUUAAAAAACUAUUUAAUAUUAGUAUUUUUAUACCUCAAGUUUUUAAACUCCUGUCUUGUCACAGGAGUUGCCAAAUAUCUCAGUCAUUGGAGGAUGCCAAAGCUCCUCACAAUAUAAUAAUUGGAUACAUGGUACUCUCUUGUGGGAGACGAAUGCUACCGCAACAUACUUUUUUCAUGUUGCCCAACAAACCGGCAGUUACAAUGCAAUACUAAAUGCACUGCUGGUCAGUGAAACUACCAACUACACAAUGCCUGUACAUAAUUGAAUGUUUUCAAAUAUUAAUGCAGUUAAGAGUUAGUUUUUUUUUUUUUUGUAGUUUACAAUUUUUGUAGUUCACUUUUUUGUAUUUGGCUAUCUUUUUUUUUAACCUUCUAAAUGACUUUUUUCACCAUGCUGUGUGCUGCAACUAGCAAAAUCAUGGAAACUUCCUUUCUCCUUAUUGCUCUGUACAUAAUGCCUGAUUCAAAUCGUAUUUAUUUUUGAACUAAUGUUUAUACCUCCCAUCUGUGGUUUGACAAUCAAAUAUUUCUCCCCUUCCUCACCAGACUGGACUAGACCUGUCAACCUAGUACAAAAGUCAAUAAUGUGUGAUAAACUGUAUAAUUUUUUGAAAUUUCUACAUUCUAUUUGGUAUGCAUUUCAAGCCGUUGCAUACAGAGAUCUAUAGAAGCUGAAGUUAGUUCUGCUUCACAAAUGGAGGGUAAAAUGCUCUUUAUCUCUCCCAUCAUAUCCUAUCUAAAGCAAUGGAAAUCAAUAAUUAGGCCUAUGUCAAGUAAAAAUACAGUGGAUACAGAACCCCUAGAACCCCUUACCCACCGCCCUCCCUCCCCUUGACGAAGGCAUUAUGUAAACGUGUUGAAUCACCCAUAACAUUUUGCUUCAGCACAUAUUAAUGCAUAUUGCUAUUGUUUAAUAGAGUACAAUUUACACGGCUUGUCUGCCUGCGCCUGCAAAUUACAAGGGAAUUGUAAUGUGUCAAGCUCGACUUUUUCAUAUUUAGAAUGAUGUAUUUUUUGUUUUUCAUAAUGUUUUCAAUGUUCCCGGCAAAAUGAUCAUUGUCAUUCUAUUUGUUUUUCGUUUUCACCCCAUUGUAUUUGAACAUCAUUCAGAAAUCUAAUAAUGAGGAAAUGUGCAAUAGAAAUAGGCAUCUUUAAAAAACAUAGCUAAAGAAAAACAUGAUCAACAUUACCUCCUCUUUCAACAUGUCUAAGGAUAUAUGAUCAAACAAUAUAUUGUAUAUCCCUUAAUCCAUUCAAGCCAUCAUCGGUCAUCUAAACGCCUUUAGGUCAUGACUCAUUUCAGGUCCACUGCUUUUUUCAUAUUAGCCUUUUUCAAAAGAGCAACAGUUGCUAAUGGCACUAAACAUACUCCAAUCCCAUUGGAGAUGCUUACAUCCAUUGAGCUACAGCACAACAUGUUGUGACAUGAUGGACAGCAUUUUUAACCAAUUGCUACGUAAGAAUCCCUUCUGGUCCCUCCUCCUGGCUAGCGAACUGUGAAUGGCACCGGCAGAAGCCAAUGACCCGGGUUCCGACCUCGUAAACAUCUAGCUGUUCUCUACCACAAAUGUCAGAAUUGAGGGCCUCUGGAUACUUACCAGACUGCCUUCGAGCUGUCAUGUUUGUGCUUGAACAAAAUGUUUUUGUUCUUGGAGUGUGUCGCUCUCCUCCACUACGCAGAUGCCUCCAUGACAUUUUAACACAAGCCAUACCGGCCUCUUCAACCCCCUUGCUAUGGUAAAAGAGACAUUUUGAACCGACACAGAAUGUCAACCGCAUAAUGUAAACUGGGAGACUGUCAACCGGUAGUCUUGUCGGGAAACAGUGAUGUGUACUACAGGGUCAUCGCAGUUUAAUCCAUCCGCUUCCAAACCAAUACCUACCGUUACACCAAAUAUAAGAAACCACUUUUUUUAAGUAUCUACAUGUCUUCGACCCAAGCCCCAUGGGAAUUCAUUUCAGACAUGACCGUGUGCAUAAUGUUUAGAAUCUUCUGAGGAGAAAGAGAGAAAAUACUACAUGGGUUCGGUUUGGUCCUUUGUCCACAGAUUACAACAGUGAUGUUCUGGAGUUCCACUAAAGCUGGUUAGUUUCCUCUACAGAUAAUUGUUUUAUCACUUAUCCCCACAUAACAGUUAAGGUGCUUCCCAGCUUUGGAAGGUCUCAGUUCAUUUCCUUUCCCCUCCAGUAGAUUUGAUAGGGAAGACACACACACCGUUGAGUUUUAACUUUGGUGGAGGGUGGUAAAGUCUCACCAACGAGGGAAGCCAUUCAUGUCAGAGGGAAUAGAUUAGAGUCUCUACCAUAUUUGCGAAGUCAGCCAAGUGAGACCAUCCCUGCUGACGCUACACUGCCUCGACUCUCUGUCCCCCCUUUUUAUUUUAACAAAUUGGUGGCCCUUCUCGAGCGUGACGUUCUCUUAAACCUAGUAAUCCUAGAUAGCACCAGCUGAAAUGCCUUUUUUCCUCCCAGCUUUUUUUGUUCUACUCUUCCUUUUCUAGUGCCUCCUUGCUCUCUCUUCUGCCUUUUCCACCAUACUUCCGCCAUCUUCUUUUUAUUUAUUUCGCCUCAACCAAAGCUAGUAGUUCCCAGUGCCAAAAGCUAGUCACUUGAAGUAGGAAGAAAGAAUUAAUUAAUUAAUUAAAUAAAUUAAUAUGCCAUUUAGCAGACGCUUUUAUCCAAAGCGACUUACAGUCAUG